CCUAAUUACGGAGGAAAUUGCCCCAGCGCGCUGCGGAGCGCCUCGCCGAGAGCCGGUGGCCGCCGUCUCGUACUGACGCCUCCGCAGCAGGGAUGGAGGUGAUGGACAGCUGCAAGUUCUCCCCGUCCGAGCUCUUCUAUGACAGCUCUUGUCUCUCCUCCCCGGAGGGCGAGUUUCCCGAGGAUUUUGAGCCCAGGGAUCUGCCUCCUUUCAGCGCCCACGAGCCCCCCGAGCCCGCCUGCUCCGAGGAAGAGGAGCAUGUCCGAGCUCCCACUGGCCACCACCAAGCUGGUCACUGCCUCAUGUGGGCUUGCAAAGCCUGCAAAAGAAAAUCCACCACAAUGGACCGGCGGAAGGCAGCCACCAUGAGGGAGAGGAGGAGGCUGAAGAAAGUGAACCAGGCUUUUGAGACCCUGAAGAGAUGCACCACUGCCAACCCCAACCAAAGACUCCCCAAAGUAGAGAUCCUGCGAAACGCCAUCAGAUACAUCGAGAGCCUCCAGGAGCUCUUGAGAGAACAGGUAGAAAACUACUAUCACCUGCCGGGACAGAGUUGCUCCGAACCGACCAGCCCCACUUCCAGCUGCUCCGACGGGAUGGCCGACUGUGGCAGCCCCGUUUGGUCGGCGAGAGGCGGCAGCUUCGACGCCGUCUACUGCGCCGAGAUGGCUCACGGGUACGCCGCCGACCAGAGCAGCGCCCUGUCCAGCCUGGACUGCCUCUCCAGCAUCGUGGACCGUCUGUCCCCGGCGGAGGAGCCAGGGCUGUCCCUCCGCGACGCCGACUCCCUCUCGCCCAGCGCCAGCAUCGACUCGGGGCCGGAGACGCCCGGGACGCCGCUGCCCCGACGGACGUACCAGGCGCUAUGAGGGGCCCGCGGGCCGGCACCCCGCGCCUGCCGCCGGGGCCGCCUCCCGCGCCCGGCCACCUCUUGCAAACGCUUCUCGGGCGAGAGGGGCAGCCCCGGAGCCCCUUGGGCCGCCGCUUCCCUCUGGGGCUGCAGGUAAAGCACCGCGCCCGCCCCCGGCCAGGGAUUUCCCGCACCCCGGCAGGGCGGGCAGGCCCCGGGGCUCGGGACACACGCGCUGCCCUGGAAUCUCCGCUGCAAAUAAAACGUGCUGUGAGAGAGCUGUCUGGCCGGCUGGUUCUUUAAGUGCAUUCCCUGGCAUGCGGGAGGGCAGCGGGACUCGGCUGCGGGGCGGCCGCCAGCAUCCCUGCUGAGCCCCCAUCCAGCCUCGGUCGUCCCUGAGCUCCUGCCUGCGGGACACCCCCUCUUCCCGCCCCCAUCACGGCCGUCCCCAGCCGGGACGUGGAGUGUCCUGCCGGGCUGGGGCCUGGGAGCUUGUCUGUCCUUCCACCAAUGUGCACUAUUCUGAGACCACUCAUGGAGCAACAAAAACGUGGACGUUUAA